GGUAACUUGACAUGUGGUCGACUGUACUUUUACCAAUAUUUAUUUUAUUUUAAGCCUUAAAUAUAUAGGUUAGUUAAAUUCAUUUUUGUAGAAAUAUAAAAACUCUUUGAUAUAAAAAGACAACAAUUAUGACAGUCAUGUCAAUGUGAAAGUUUAUAAAUUUAUAGGCAUGGCAUCAAAAUUAAUAAUUAAUAAAUUUGAAAAUGGUGCAAAUUUUAAAUCCUUGCAGGUUACCAUUGAAGACGGGAAGACCAAAGCGUCGGAAGCUAAAUUUAGUGAAUGGACAGAGGGCAAAAGUCAGCACAAAAUAAAGGAUAUUGAAAAAUCUUCACGAUUAGUGGUAAAGAUAAUUUCUGAAGAUGAAAUGAAUGAGUUGGAUUUGGAUUCUUGUGCCAAAGAAGUAAGAGUUAAUCAGGUUUUGGAAACACAAAAGUUUUUUACGAAUGUCUACGAGGAUCACAUUGAAUAUAAACCAAUGAUUACCAAUCAACAUUAUGCGCACAAAUUUCAGAGAAGUAAUAAUAUUCUAAACCAGUUUGACGAAAGAGGGCAAGAUAAAGCACCUAGUCGCUCACUCUUGUUUCAAGAGGAUACAGAAAUGGAGGAUCAUGGAAGUUCAAUGAGACAAUUUGAGAGAGCUGAAGGAGAUAAAAGUCCUUUAGAGUAUAGCUUGGAGAGAGUGAAGGAGAACAACGCUAGGAUCAUGGAAAAUAUACAAAUAUUAAACCGAACUUUAAAUUAUACAAAAAAGAAGGAGACCCUAGACAUCGUAUGCCCAAAGUCGAUGAGGUCUCAUCCCUGCGACACCUGCGGAAAAUGUUUCGUCUAUGAAACCGGUUUAAAAAGACAUUACGCUACACGACAUGCUAUAACAGAGAUGCCUCCCCGCUGGCAAAUCGUCUGGACAUGCAUAGAAUGUUUUCAAGUGUGGCCGCGUCAAGAAUCUGCUUUGAAACAUGCCAGCGAAUGCUGCAAAUCCGAUAGCGUAGACAGUGUGAGGGAAAUAAAAACAUCAUCUCUAUUGCAGUGCGAGUUCUGCGAGAAAGUAUUUACAAGUAUACCCAGAUUGUUGCGACAUUGUAAGACGCACACAACCGAAAAUAAUUAUGAAUGUAAUGCAUGUGAAGCUACUUUUUUGUCAUAUAAAAGUGCAGAGCAACAUUGGCUAUUGUGUCCCUGGCUGAGGAUAUGCUAUAGUUUCUCCUUACCAAAGUUAUUGUUAUGCAAUGCUUGCGACCGAAAGUUUAGAAAUUAUGAGCAUCUUUAUAAUCACAGGUACAAGAUUGGGCACUUCACAACCAAGACUCAUGGAAACUUCAAUGUGUACCAGUGUGAAAUGUGUGGCCAGAGUUUCUCAACAAUCCCUUCACUUCAAGUACACAAACUGCAAUGUCAUCCCCGCUUUGAUCCAGGGGUACUAUGUAACAAUGUUAAGAGUUAUGGUGAAUAUCCAAACACUUAUUAUCUAGAGAGUGAACAAGAUAAUAAUAAAAACUAUGACAAGUACUAAUAUUGUUAAGCAGAUUUUGUAAAGUAAAUAAACAAAAAUACAAACAAUAAAUGUGUACUGUAAUAAAUUGCACACCAAAAGGCUAAGUGAAUUUUAUAAAAAUAAAUCGGCAAUCUUUGUA